CCACCCCGACCGACGAGCAAGCAAUAGCAGCAAUCGCAGCACAGAUAUUCAAAAAGCGGUCGAGGCGGUGCAGUAUGUACAUUUGAAUUCCCUUGAUGGUGUGUGUUAAUUGUUAGAAAAUCUCCAAACUAGCAAUUGAUGACGAAAGCAUUUGUCACUUGACUGCUUUCCUGUACGAGCUAGUCUUUCUGGUUCCCGUGGAUCAUGGGGAGCUGAUCCAUGGUUGAUGAAGGCAUGCUUCCAACUCCCCUCUCUCGCGAUUUAUUGGCAAUCGACAGAUUUCUCGACACCCCCUACAGGUGUAACGGCCUCUUUGCCCUCACAAAUAUCUACAGAUGAUAUAUCUAGCGCUGGGCUCUCGUCUAGGGCAAGGGCCGGUAUCGGUGUUGGCGUUGCUCAAGGUGGGAUAUUGAUUAUCGCUGUGGUGUUUACUUUUUCUUUGUCCGGCGACGAAAGCGACAGAGUUGCUGGUGGGUUGCAUGGCGGUGGGAUUGGUAUGGGAGGUGUUUAUAUAAUACUGCGCCUAUACGGGGCUGCUGAGGCAGAGGACGAGCAGGGAAAGAGGAAGGAUGCUGUCGAGCUUCAUGUUGAGACGAAUGAUUCGAUGACUUGUUUGACAGUAUCUUAAUGCUGUCUAUCAAGUGUUGGUGCACAUUUGGGGCAUUUAUAGACCACAGUGGUUCUCUGGAGAUUGUGUCCUGUCCCACAGGC